UUAACCCCACGCGUUUUGGGGAAGAAAGUUAAUGCGUGUUUAAGCGAGGAGAACCGAGCCGCUCCUCCCACGCACGGAGUGUGUGUGUGAGUGUGUGUGUGUAGAAGUUCCUUGGAAAGAGCUGCUGGUUGGACGAGUGGGGAAAAGGGGAGGACGGGAAAAAUGCUUGCUCAUCCUUUAUCAGCAGAAGCCUGUGAGUCAGCAGAGCGCGCGCUUGCGACACACACACACACACACACACGCGCGCGCCUUUGCGAUGACUUGGCUGGGUUGAGCUCCAGCGGAGAUAAGCAGUUCUCACGGAUGUAGUUCAGCAUGUCACUGGAGAGCUGCAGGACCUCAGUGUUCACAUUCCAGUCCUCGGUGCACAGUUCGCAUGUUCUCCGCUGCCUGAACGAGCAGCGGCAGAAGGACCUCCUGUGCGAUGUGACGGUGGCGGUGGAGAGCCAGAGCUUCCGGGCUCAUCGCUCCAUUCUUGCAUCCUGCAGUGACUACUUCAGCGCCCGUAUGUCCAGCCACACGGGCCAGGGGCUCGUCAUCAACCUGCCUGAGGAGGUAACUGCAGAAGGAUUUGAGCCUUUACUGCAGUUUGCAUACACUUCCAAACUGCUCUUCACCAAAGAGAACGUACUGGAGAUCCGUAACUGUGCCACCGUUUUGGGCUUCAAGAACCUGGAUAAAGCCUGCUUCGACUUCCUCUUGCCCAAGUUCUUUGACAGCAGCAAAAAUUCAUCAAAAGGAUCCAGGAAGCAGUGCUGUAAAACCAAAUGCUGGAGAUCACAGGCUGAAUCAAGCUUUAAAGGUGAUGACGCUGAUGAGGCUCAAGAAACAUCUUUGGUGUCCCCGUGUGCCACGCUGGAGAAAAAGGAGCUGUCCAGCCCAAAUAAAAUUGGUGAAAAUGCCGAAUCUCAGACGGAAACACAUGUAGAGACCGAGCAGGAGCUGGAAACGGAGUCCAGACCGGAUUAUUCCCUCUUGUGCCCAAAGUACCGCAAGUUUCAGCUGGCCUGUGGCAAGGGCUCGUCCUACAUGGACACCUGUGCCCCAGAGGCUGAAAACACCAACAGUGCCUGCCUUCUAAACUGCCUGCCUUGCUCCAGCUCUGGAGACUGCAAGGCUGUGGUUACUAGCAAAGACCCUCCAGGAGACGACGUGAAGGAUGCUGUGACACCUUUUUGCUGCCCGCUUGGUAAGCAAGCACCAACCGAGACACCUCUGAGUCUUUGCCCCGGCCAGGCAUCAGUGCAGUUCUGCAGGGAGGCUGCCGAGGCCAGCUGCCCAGCAACUGCCCCAGCAACUGCGGGGGAAGGAGGAGAGAGCCUUGCUGCAAGACUUAAGGGUAAAGAAGCCAUAAUCUCAGACUGUUGCACUGGACCAGCCUGUCCAAGCCCAUGCAGCACACUCAGAGCAGACCAGAGGAGCACUGUGGAGAUCGAGGUGGCGAACCAGCUCACCUCCUGGCCUGAUGUUUGCGGCCCCAGAGCCUCAGCAUCUGCCCCAGACACAACAAGGAGAACCUCAGAGAUGCACUGGCUCAGACAGCUCGAGCUCGGGCCCAGGCCGGUGGACUGCCCCUUUCUCAGGGACCUGGACGCCGUGGACGCUCAGGUACGAGGCAGCGAGAAGCUACUCCUUUCAGCUGAGAGCCCUUACAUCUCCAUGCUCUCAGGAGAAGACUCAGACAGCUUCGAUACAGAGGGCGACAGCGAGUCCUACACCAAUGAACGGGCGAGUGAGAUGCAGCUGCCGUUUUCUGUGGAUCGCAUUGCGUCUCUGAGCCGCAACGACUUCCAGCAGAUGCUGAAGACGCACUCCCUGACGCGCGAGCAGCUCGAUUUCGUGCACGAUGUCCGGCGGCGCAGCAAGAACCGCAUCGCCGCUCGCCGCUGCCGUAAGAGGAAGCUGGAUUGCAUUCAUAACCUGGAGUGCGAGAUCGAAAGAUUGCGGAGCGAGAAGGAGAAGCUAACAGCUGAGAAGCGGCAGCUGGACCAGCUGAAGCUGAAGACAUGGCAGAGCUACUCUGGUCUGUACGAGAGACUGUGCACCGAGGCCAACCUCCAGCCAGAGCAGGUACAGGUGUUUGCCAAGUACACCUCCCUGGCAGACUGCCCAUUCAAAGCCCACCUGUCCACCAAAGCAUGUAUCUACCACUGCCCCGAGUCUGAACUCCAGCCCUUGGCUGCAGGUCUGGCCGCCGAUGCUGUUGUCUGUGAGCCCAAGCCUUCCACCAGCUCCACUCUGGAACCCCCUGCCGUUGGAGUCAACGGCAAAACCCAGAGCCCCUCAGGUCCACUAGCAGGUCUACCUGACCCACAUCCCACUGACUUUCCACACACAGAGGAGAGCACGAUGACCUCAGCCACGCACAUCUGCCCAGACCAAAUCAGCAAACUUGAAACAGACGAAUAAAAAGGUGCUUCCUGUUGUUUUUUUAAAUAUCUGUAAACCACGAACUGUUUAAAAUGAGGACUGUGGAAAAUGGAAAUUUUUUUUUUCACUGUAUGAAGCUUUCAGACUAACUGUCAACCUUACAGCGUGUGAGGUCACUUCCAUUCCUCGUCUUUAAGGUUGUAUAUUGAUGCUUUUAUGUAUGUGCCGUCACGCGCGUUCCUGCUCAUUCAUAAGUCGGCCUGGUUUCGUCAGUGUUAGGCACUAUUCACUGAACAGACGGAUCAUUUUUAUAGAUUUUAAGGCAUAUUUCUCCUGAUUUUACACACCCGAUGACCUCUGCCUUUUUCUGACCCACUUUCACAUAGCCCCCGUCAUCACUCGAUUCCUGCACAGCUCAUCACAGGAGAGACUAAUAGAGGAAUCUCUACCGAGAGGCAAGCAACACUCAGGACGUUGAAAAAAAGCAUGCUGGAAAAUAAUUUUGUGGUUAAUUUAUAACGUACAAUGUUAAUGUACAACACAUGAAGGAGCUUUAGGAUAAGUUUGGACUACAUGUAUUGCUUCACGUAGUCAUGGCAUAAAUGCCCAUUCAGCUAAAUUGAAGGUAACCAGUCCAGAGAUGUGUUUUUAUUGUUUUGUAGACAAAUGGUUAUGGUGCUUUUCCUAAACCUAUGGAAUAUGAUCACUUACAUACCUAAUGGUUUAAUUAGUCUCUUGCUGCUUUCUUGCAUGGCCCCAAAUGAGUUCAUUUUUCUUACGAGGCGCCCAGGCAACAUGAUUAAAUUGUUUGUUUAAUAUUGCUAAUUCACACUUGCUCUGGAUUUAUUCCCUGCGUGAAGUACUGCAUUCAUUUCUAAUGCAUGCAGUGGGAGAGCAUACAGAGGGAUUCCACAUUAGAAGACUAUCAGUCAGUGCAGCCUGCUGGAAUAUUUAGGUGCUAUGAGUUCUGUUCCACCAGCAGAUGGCAGUGUUUGACUGUAAUAGUUUGUCUUUCACCGUCAUUCCCGGGACCUCCCUAACCCUAAAAGCUUAGAUGCUUGGCUCUGGUUUAGUAUAAUAGUAUGAAACUCUUUCGAAUACAUGCAGAACCUGAUACUGAUUAUCAGUCUAUAGGUGAAUAUAAGCCUGUCUGAUUGACGUUUGAAGACCGGAGGAAAUGAUUUAAGAUCAUCUUAAGCCCGGGCUAAUCCCGCGCAGUCCUGAUCUCUGUAGGUUCACUUGCACUUGUUGUUGUGUUUGAAUAAGACUACCUUUAUAAACGGUUGGCACUUCCAAGAUCAUUAAUAAGCAGCUAUGACGCAGGAAUAAAAGGUGAGCUGUUAUAUCUGAUGAUUAUGACUGUGAAGAAGCCGCUAGUUUAAUGCUGACUGAUGGAGAAGACAGGAAAACAAUUAAAAUCGGAGGCUUAAUAGUAUAAAUAAACGUGGGUUCACUAUUAGACAGACAUCAGGUCACAGUUGCCCUUCAGACUGGUUGAAACCAGUUUAUAAAUGGUUAUUAAUUACGUUAUAAACACCCUAUGAUAAUGAUAAUAAGCAUUUAAAAAAAUAGUGAAAUCACAUCCAUUUAUACUGUUAAAGUUCAGAUUUUGAUGCUUACUGAUCUUCAUCCAUCAGUCAGCAUUAAACAGAUGGCUUCAUCACAUUCAUUCAUCGGCUGUAUGAAUUCACUUUUUUAAAAUUAGUUAUAACUGCUUAUAAAUGAUUUAUAGAGUGUUUAUGAUCUAAGUAAUAAACACAUUUUAAACCAUU